GGGAUCCAGGUACAGCCCCAGACUGGAGAGCACCUGAGAUGCAGGAAGUCUCGCGAGAAGUUGCGUCGUUGCCCCGGUAACAGCGUCGCAUUACAAAAGAUGGCGGGGAGAAGCUACAGACUCAGGAGACGGAGCGUUUCGGGGACCCCGCCCCAGCCACGCGUUCAGCAGCCUGCGGUGCGUCGACGGGACCUCCUCGCCCAGGAGGAGGAAUAUAAGCGUUUAAAUGCAGAAUUGGAGGCAAAAACGGCUGAUCUGGUUCGACAAGCUGAGGCAGUAAUUAGAGAUCAGCAAGAGGUACACUCUAGGCCUACUUCAACACAAGUUAAAUCAUAUGAAGAUGAUGAUUACAGUUUAAGAGGUCUAUUGUCUGAAGAGACAGUUCAUCUACAUUCAGAAACAAAGUCAAAGACCAAAAAAAACACUCAUCUAGUAAAUAAGGUUCAAAACAAACUACACUCUGCAAAUAAAGGAAGGAAAACAAAUUCAAGUAUAAAAUUGAAAUACUCUGAUGUACAUACUGCCAAUGAUGUUGCCAUACCAGAUGACUUCUCAGAUUUUUCUCUUGCAAAAACAAUUAGCAAAAUUGAAGGGCAAAUGGAAGAAGAGGGCCUACCUGAUGAUGCAGAUAAUAUUUUUUGUGGUGUUAGUAAAGACAUUGGAACAGAAGCACAGAUCAGAUUUCUAAGGGCCAAACUCCAUGUUAUGCAGGAGGAAUUGGAUAAGGUUGUAUGUGAAUGUAAUAAAAAGGAGGAUGAAAUUCAGGAUUUAAAGUCUCAAGUAAAAAAUUUUGAAGAAGAUAGUGUGAGACAGCAGCGAACAAUUAAUUUGCAACAAUCUCAAGCAGAAAAAUAUAAAACACUUUUUGAAGAAGCAAUCAAAAAAUGUGAUGGAUUACAGCAACAGCUGUCUUCAGUGGAAAGGGAACUAGAAAAUAAAAGAAGAUUACUAAAACAGGCUGCCACUUGUCAAAGUACUAUAGAAGUUCGCUUGAAUAGAGCUCUAGAAGAAGCAGAAAAAUAUAAAUUGGAGUUAAGUAAAUUAAGGCAAAAUAACAAGGAUAUUGCAAAUGAAGAACAUAAAAAAAUUGAAGCAUUAAAGUCAGAAAACAAGAAGCUAGAAAAACAAAAAGGAGAAUUAAUGAUAGGAUUCAAGAAACAAUUAAAAUUAAUCGAUGUUUUAAAAAGGCAGAAGAUGCAUAUUGAAGCUGCCAAGAUGCUGUCUUUCACUGAAGAGGAAUUUAUGAAGGCACUUGAAUGGGGAAAUUCCUAGGUGAUCUACUUUAGUCUUUGUAACUUUGAUAAUAUCCAAAAAGUUCCUUGUUAGAACUUCUUUUGACUUCUGUCCUUAUGCUCUACUAGCCCCCUUUUAACUGCACUUGAAUAGUAAAUAUUUUAUGUUAUGCACUAUAGGUAAUAAAGGUCUUUGAAUUUACUCUUUUUUAUACUACACAGAAAGAUAUUUUAAACCCAAAUUCUAAAUAUUUAUUUCCUUGGCCAAAUCAGUGAAGAAAACACAUAGAACUAACUGUAGCCCAAGGUGAACUGCUCUGUUAAUCAGGAUAAAUGCUGUCUUGAGGAAAGGGGAUGAAGAAAGAAACUUCUGGACAGCAGGUGAGUGUGAAGUUAGUCUCUUGGGUUUUAGCCUGAAUUUUAUAUACAUGAAAUACUGUAAUCUGGUAGGUGUGAAAAUUCAGCUUUUCAGAUUACCAGUACAAAAACAAUAUAAUCAAAAGCAGUUUUGUUGCUAAUUUAUCAGAAAACACUUUUUAUAUUUCCAAUAGAGAUGUUUUAGAAAAUCCUAAUAUGAUGAUGGAGUCUUAAUAUUACUGAACAGUAAAACAAAAGUUACACUGACAUCUACUGGUAACAUGAAAAAGAAUCCAAGUUUUACCAAACGUUGGUAUCACUUCUCUUCACAAUUUUCGCGCCUUUUCUGAUAGGCUUUCUGAAAUUCUUCACCGAGCAUAUCAAUAUCAUCCUGUUUUUUGAAUACUCCCUACAAGCAAAAUGUUUUUUGCAUUAAUUUGAAAGCCAGACUAUUUAAUUAAAUGCUUGCAAACUAACAAAUAUAGAUAGCAAUUUAUAAAACUAUCUCCAAGUUAAUGGAACUCAAUAACAAUUUCCUGAUUUAUGAGCUCCAGUAUAGGAACCUGUAAUAGGAAUCUGGGCUCUUUGUACUACUGUAAGCAUUACUGCUUGGAUUGGCAGAAUGGGAAGAAAUGUAAUGUAUACUGUGUGCUGUCUUGAAAUAGUCCUGCAAUAUCUGAGGAAGGUGCGAGUCAAAAAGACUGAGCUUUGCUAGACUGAUACAUGGGACUGGCUCUUGCCUCAUAGUUCUAGGGUUAUUUAGCAAACAUUCAAUCUUGUUAGAAUGAAUCUAGCUUUAAAGAGUUUAGCCACUUAACAUUUAGCUCUUUUACUUUUCCUUUCUAGUAUAGGUAAAAGACUCCCUACAGCAAAAUUAAAUAUUUACUUCUCUUGUAAUCUAAAAGGAUAUAAAGUAUCCAAAAGGACACUUUAGGUCAUUUAAAGAUAGCAGGCUUAUUAGGUCCCGCCCCUGCUUCCAUAAUUAUUUCCUUACAAAAAAAUAUAUUCUGGGAGAUUCUUGGGGUUCAGAUAUCAUUUUUGUCAUCAACAUAUUCCAUAUUCUGUCUACCAAGUAGAUUAUAAGAUCCUGUGGUCAGGUAAUUACUCAGAAUUGCUUCUCCUUACCACUGGAUUGAACACAAAAUUACACUCAAUUUUUCUGAUUGAAUUACCAAAUGGCACAAUUUUUACAUUAGGAUGGAAAUCUUAUUUACUUAAGUCCAGAUGCUAAAAGGGCCUAUGAAACUCAUUAUUUCAUAUGUGAAAGCUUGCUAUUUCUUAAAGUACUUUCUAAACCAAAGUUACUUCUACCUAGUUAGUUAUAACAAUCUUUUCUCCUAUUGGACAGCAGAUCUGUCUCAGAUUUAGUUCAAGUAUGGGACUGUUGUUGGUAUUACCAAUUACAGAAUUUUCUUGUGUACAAAGUAUCACAAUUGCUUCAGUUAGUUCUAGAGCACCUAGACUGAAAGGGGAAAAGAAUCUCUGAAAGUUAAAAUCAGUAAAUAUAUAUAAACUAAGGAUUUGCCAAGUCAAACUCCUAUCUAAUAUAAUAAACAGGACAAAAUUCCACUUGUUGCCUAACAAAAGCCAGAAUCUUUGAAUUCCUAAUACCAUUUUUUUCCCACACUAGAGGUCAUAAAGGUUAUACCUUGAAUUAAAUAUCACUUACUUUGGGGAGAUAUCCUAGUAAUUUUGUAGCAUGUUCUUUGAGAAGCUUUACUCUUUCUUCUUCAAUAAUUGCAUUAAUACAUCCUUGUCUUCUUUGCUGCAACUGCCAUUCUUCUAUUUCAUGUUGCUUUAAAUAUAAAUAAAAGAUGAAUUUUGUGACUGUUUUAAGUAGUUUUC